AUGGCGCCGGCGUCGGGUUCCCGCAGCCCGCCGGCCGCCAGCCCCGAGCGCCGCGGCCGCAGGUCGCGCUCCCGGUCCCGCUCCCGCGAGCGCAACGGUCUGAAGCGUCCGAGCCAUCGGCGGAGCCGCAGCUGGUCCCGCUCCCGCGAGCGCACCCCCGGCGGGCCGCGCUCCGCCGCGCACCACGGCCACCACCACGGCAAGGCCUGGCCCGAGUACUACGAGAAGGAGAAGGAGGAGAUCCUGCGGCAGAGGAGACUCAAUGAGAGAGAGAGAAUUGGAGAACUGGGGGCACCAGAGGUCUGGGGACUGUCACCAAAGGUUCCUGAGCCCGAUUCCGAUGAGCACACACCGGUAGAAGACGAAGAGGCAAAAUCUAAGAGUAGUUCUUCAGAUUCCAGCUCAGAAGAGGAAAAAAAGAAAAAGAAGAAGAAAAGAAAGAAGAAAAAGCGGAAGGCAUCUAAAAGAAAACGCAGAAAACAUUCUGAGGACAGCGAUAGUGAGUCGGAGUCUGAGCAGAGCUCCAGUGAUGAAGAUAAAAAGAAAAGCAAGAAGAAGAAAAAGAAGAACAGAAAGAAGAAGUAUAAGAAAAAGAAAAAUAAGAAGAGCAGGAAGGAUUCCAGUGAUUCAAGUAGUGAAGAUUCUGAUGAUGAAACGUUUCAAGGGGAAGAUCUCUGGAUUGAGAGAUCAAAAAAUACAGAAGCUGAUAGCUUGAUUGGACCAGAAGCUCCCAAAACUCAUGCAUCUCAGGAUGAUAGGCCUUUGAACUAUGGACAUGCACUGUUGCCCGGUGAAGGUGCAGCAAUGGCAGAGUACGUAAAAGCAGGAAAACGUAUACCCCGGAGAGGUGAAAUCGGCUUGACCAGUGAAGAGAUCGCAUCGUUUGAGAGCUCUGGUUAUGUCAUGAGUGGCAGCAGACAUCGCCGAAUGGAAGCCGUGCGUCUGCGUAAAGAGAACCAGAUUUACAGCGCAGAUGAAAAGAGAGCUCUGGCGUCCUUCAACCAGGAGGAGAGGAGGAAACGAGAGAACAAGAUUCUUGCAAGCUUUCGAGAGAUGGUCUACAGAAAGACUAAGGGCAAAGAGGAAAAAUAAUUCUUCAUUUGAACUGUACAUCGUAGAUGCA